AUGUCUCUACUCAAAGUUUCCGGAACGAAAAUCGUGGAUGAGAAAGGUGAAGAGGUCAUUCUCCGAGGAGCGGGACUUGGAGGAUGGAUGAAUAUGGAGAAUUUCAUAUCAGGAUAUCCUGGAUGUGAGUAUCAGAUCCGCGCUGCGUUGGCUGAGACCAUAGGAGCAGAAAAAUCCGAAUUUUUCUUUGACAAAUUCCUCGAAUACUUUUUUCAAGAAUCGGAUGCAAAGUUCUUCAGCAGCCUUGGCCUGAACUGUAUUCGACUUCCAUUUAAUUACCAUCACUUUGAAGACGACAUGAAUCCUCGUAUACUCAAGGAAUCGGGUUUCAAGCAUCUAGACCGAGUCAUCGACCUCUGUUCUCAGUACAACAUCUACACUAUACUGGAUUUGCAUACUGCACCUGGAGGUCAGAAUACUGAUUGGCACAGCGAUCACGGAGGCCACAUUGCGAAUUGCAAGUAUCAUCUCUUCUGGAACCAGAAAGAUUUCCAAGAUCGUACAAUCUGGCUGUGGGAGCAACUCGCUGUUCAUUACAAAGGAAACAAAUGGAUCGCUGGAUAUAAUCCGUUGAAUGAGCCUACUGAUCCAUACCACAUUCGCGUAAUAGCCUUCUAUGACAGAGUAUAUACGGCCAUUCGUGCAGUCGAUCCAGAGCACGCCAUCUUCUUCGAUGGUAAUACUUUUGCCUCGGACUUUUCCCAUUUCGGCGACUCUCACAAGAAGUGGGAGAACACUGCUUACUCCAUCCAUGAUUACAGUACUUUCGGAUUUCCAGCAGCUCCUGAGGAUUACGUUGGUACAGAAUCCCAGCAGCGCAGGCUCAGACGAAGCUACGAGAAGAAGAGGGAGUGGAUGGACGCAAGGGGUUUAUGUGUUUGGAACGGCGAAUGGGGUCCUGUUUACGCUAGAAAACAAUACGAGGGAGAGGCCACGGAGAAAAUCAAUGAGGUUAGGUAUCAUGUGUUGAAGGACCAGCUAUCGAUCUACAACAAGGAUCGUUUGAGUUGGUCGAUAUGGCUUUACAAAGACAUUGGAUUCCAGGGCAUGGUCUAUGUUUCCACCAAAUCUGCGUAUAUGACAAAAUUCGCCGAUUUCCUGGCCAAGAAGCACCGACUCGCAGUCGAUGCUUGGGGUGCAGAUGUCUCGGCUGUACAGCAUGUAUAUCAACCCCUCAUUAACCACGUCCUGGAGGAAAUUCCAGAGAGAUUCCGUGACCUCUAUCCUGCACCAGUGUGGAAACUGAGUGAUCGUGUGGGCAGGUUGGCGAGGAAUAUCCUGGUUGCAGAAUUCCUGGUGAACGAAUGGGCAGCGCACUUCGUUGGAAUGGACGAAGCGCAGCUAGAUGAACUGGCGAAGAGUUUCUUGUUUGAAGAGUGCGAGAAAAGGGAAGGACUGAAUAAAAUUUUGACUGACAAUGCGACGCUAGUGAAAGAAGCGUAG